AUUCUGUGGUGCCAAAAACUGAGAACAAGCUCAGAAGAAGCCAGCACCAGAGUCAAGACACCUCCUGCAACCGAGAAAAUGGAGGCUGAGAAGAAGCCAAAGGCCGGGAUGACUGUACCAGUUAAUCCCAAACCCUUCCUGAACAGUUUGAUUGGGAAGACUAUUAUUGCAAAACUCAAGUGGGGAAUGGAGUACAAAGGGUUUCUUGUCUCUGCUGAUUCAUACAUGAACUUGCAGUUAGGAAAUGCUGAAGAAUUUGUUGAUGGGCAAUCCACUGGAACCCUUGGAGAGAUCUUGAUCAGAUGUAAUAAUGUCCUAUAUCUUCGUGGGGUACCCGAGGAUGAAGAACUGGAGGAUGCAGCCGACCUUGACUAGAAAGAAGAGGCAACCACCUAGAAAUUGAGAAUAUGGCUUGUUGUCGGAGUGUUGUAGUGGGAAUGCCUUUAUUAAGAAAGCAACAACAAUUUGCAGAUCAUGAAAUCAUUAUACGUAUGAAAGCAGUUUCAUGCUUUGAAACCAUGUGGUUUAGAUCUUUGAUCUACCUUCUGCAUCAGCUAUCUAUCUAGAAAAGUUAUUUGUAUAAUUCAUGUUGUUUGGUCUUAAUCAGUCCAGAUGGUAAAAAAUACAAACAUAUUCUCCGUCCCUAAGCUGCCACUUCCUGUUUUGUAUACUUGCUCUGUUUUCUUAACAAAUCAAAAUCAUGUGGUUUCCACCUAUUUAUUUAAAAGAGACGAAAGUUAUAC